AUGUCUUCUUCCUACAAGAAGGUGUAUCGAACGCGGCAGCGGCUGUUCAACAACGAUUUGAAAGCGCUGUUGUACGCGUUUGGAGAUUCGCCUGCUCCCAAUUACGAAACCAUCCAGACUUUGGAAGACGUUCUCACCACAUAUAUGAUCGAUGUUAUCGUUGCUGCUAACAAUACAAGACUGGCCCACGGCCGCAAUCGACUCAAGAUCGACGACGUGAAGUUUGUUUUGCGUAAAGACCCAACGAAACUGGCCAGAAUCCACGAUUUGCAGAAAAUGGACCGCGAAAUCUCGAAAGCUAAGAAACUGUUUGACGAAAAAGCCCAAAAGAAGGAAUAA